UCCCGCUCAACGAGAUUCAAACGCUUUCUGUUUUUUUCUUAUUUUUCUCAAUUUUGUUGCAAAUUUAAAACUAAAAUCUAAAUUACACACCCUUACUAUUAUAAUAUAACAAAAAUAUGUUUGCAUUUGUAUCGCAGAAGCUGCGCACUUCGGUUCUCCUCAACACCCUAGUUCGGCCUACCGCCGGCGCGCGGUUCCUUAACACGUUGGAGCGCUCACAGGCGCCAAAAACGCAAACGACUUAUAAAAAGCCAUUUACUCAGCGCAAACAAUACCUCUUCAGCGCCUACGAGCACCAAUUCACGACCCCCACCUUGCUAAUUGUCCAGCACUACAAUCUCAGUGGUCCGGAGCUUAUGGAGCACCGCCGGGAGCUCAAAGUAUCCGCGCACGGCGCCCGUCUUAUGGUUGUUCGGCCCAAGAUGGUCAAGGCUGUAGUGAGGCAUACGAAGUUUGAAAACAUGGGGGAUUUGUUUUCGGGACCUAUGGCGUUGAUUUAUUGGGAUAAGGAUAUGGGGUUGGAGGCUGUGAAGGAGGCUAUGGAGGUGGUGAGGAAGCAGAAGAAGAUGGUUUUGUUGGGCGCAAAGUAUGGUGAUAGUGUUUUGAAUGUACCGAUGGUUGAGGGGUUGGUAGAUUUGCCCGAGAUUGAUGUGUUGAGGGCUCAGGUUUUGGGUGUUUUGCAGCAGCCUGCCCAGCAGCUGGCCGCUGUGCUUAAUAGGAUUCCGCAGAGAUUGGUUGGCGUGCUCCAGCAAAAGGUCGAUGCUGAAUCGACGACCGUUGACCAGUAAACAAACAAAAUUAAAACAAAACAAAACAUUUUCUAUUAUCCCGUGGGUAAUCAAUACA